UUCCCAUGUGGGUCUGCUCAAAAUCUAAUUACCAAAGAGGAAUGGAAACAAUGGAAAAAAAAUAAAGAAGGCAAAGAUUGGAAAGAUUUUCUUAACUUGCCAUAUGAUACAUAUUGGUCCUAUCGA